UUGUUUGGGAUUGUAUUCUAUGGAAUUCUUUUCGUAAUUUUUAUAUUUCAAAUCGACCAAAAUCCAGAAUGGCAGAUGUAAACGGUUCGGCUAAAUAUGAUGAAAUUCUGACACAAAUCUUGGUAAAUGAAAAGUCUAUUCUAGGGUUCCUAUCGACAAUAUUUAACUUUCUGGCAAGACGUACGGAUUUCUACUAUAUCCCUCAAGGUGCUUACGAGAACAUGGGCUUCCCACCAGGUGUUGCUGAAGAACUUGUAAUCAAAGUCCUAAGAACAUGCGAUCCAAAUAACUGGAAACCACCCAACGGAGCUAAGAAACCGACAGAUAUAAAUGAUGAGAUAAUGUGCUCAACAAUAGCACAGGAAGUUGAAGUUGUAGCUGAUGACGAGUGUGAAAUAGAGGAAAACACAGAUACACAAACUACUGAACCUCUCAUUGAACAAAUGAACUCUUUGCCUGUACCAUUUGAAGAAGUCAAUAAAACACAAUCAGAGAAUACUGCAGAAACAGAUGACAGUGCAAAACCCACAACAUCAACAGAGAGCCUGCCUCCAGUAAUACCCACGCAGAAGAACAGUGAAACAUAUAAUGGUGCUGAGAGAGAAAAUUAUUCUUGGGCUCAAACUAUUAUGGAGCUUGAUGUGACAGUAAGAUUGCCACCUCACAUAAAGUCUUCAAAAGAUUUGAAAGUGACCAUAACUGCUAGAGACCUCUGUGUAGCUUGCCGCAAUGGUGAUGUCCUGAUCAAGGAUAGUUUCCUGCAUAAAGUAAAACCUGAUGAAAGCAUUUGGAGUAUCAGUGAGGGAAAAAUAUUGAUACAUUUAGAAAAAGUACAAGAGCGUUGGUGGAACAAACUGCUUAAUAAAGAAGAACCAAUUGAUUUAUCCAAGAUAGACUGUUCUAGACCUCUGUAUGAAUUGCCAGAUGACCAUAUUGCAAAGGUAAGAGAACUGCAAUGGAAUCAAGAACAGAAGAUGAAAGGGCUACAAACCAGUGACCAACUUCGUAACAUGGAGAUCUUAAGAAAGGCCUGGAAUGCUGAGGGCUCUCCAUUUAAAGGAAAAGAGUUUGAUCCAAAUGUAAUGCUCAAUUUACAAAAUUAAUAAAAGGCAAUCAAUUUC